AUGAUCACUAUUUAAUAAUAAUCCUUUUAAAAUUUUGUUUUGCAAUAUUUCACUGAUAUUUAGUCGGUAAUGAGAUAAUUUUUGGUAUUAUUUUAAGCAGAUAAUCUUGCUAUAGCAAAUGAGAUUAUUAGUAUAGUGCAAGUAUAUUAUUUUGGUGUAGGAACAUGGUAUUAAUUGUAAUGA